AUGAAUUCAUUUUCCUUUUCUUUACAAGAGAUGCCAUCGUCAGUCAUGCCGAGUAGUAUAACAGCGGACGAGUUUGACGGAGUUCUGCAAGACGUGGAGAUUCCUUUGGAUACACUGGUGAGAAAUUUCGAGAGGCGAACUGCAUUGUUCUCGGCUAUCCAGAAUGAUGCUAAGAAAGUCAGUUCCCGUAUUCAAAACCUUCCGAAAAGGGUAGCAGAUCCCAUUAAUUCAACGCGUGAAGUCAUAGCCGCUCGCAAACUCCAAUUGAUGAUGUGA